AUGGAGGACAAAGAGUUGCCCCCGACGCAGGUGGUCAGCCGGGAGUCCAACGAACCCAUCAUCCAGAAUGAUACCUUCGCCAUUAAGGCCGAGGCCCUGGGCAAUGACCUUCCUCCGAACUACUAUCGUUCAAUUGGGUUUAUUGGGACUAUUUUCGCCUUUUGCAUGAGCAACAUCUCGCAAUUCAUCAGCUUCAUCCUCCCCGCCAACAUGCUCACCUUCAUCGGCCAGGAUAUUGGACCCAGCCCCAACCUCACCUGGGUCUCCCUGGCGUACAGUCUGGGCCUGAGUGUCGGCUUCCUGCUGGUCGGUCGGCUGAGUGACAUCUUCGGACGACGCUGGUUCUUCAUCGGCGGCAACGCGCUGUCCUUGAUCGGUGGCAUCGUCGGCGCCGCCGCCAAAGACGUCGAGACCCUCAUCGCGGCGGACCUGCUGAUGGGUCUGGGCGGAUCAGUGCAGAUCUCUUUCACGGUGGCUGUAUCGGAGCUGGUGCCCAACAAGUACCGCCCAUCGACCAUCGUUGCUAUCUUCUUCUCCAGCUUCCAGAUCGCCUGCUUUGGCCCCGUCAUCUCGCAGUCGAUCGUGUCAACGACCAGCCAGACCUGGCGCUGGGCUUACUACCUCAACAUCAUCUGCGCGGGUCUCGCUGUCGUGGCCUUCUUCUUCUUCUACCACCCACCGACCUUCUCCCUGCUGCACAUGAACCGCUCCUUCAAGCAGCAGCUCCGCCGGCAGGAUUUAGUCGGGUUCAUCCUUUUCACGGGCGGCUUGCUCCUCUUCAUCAUGGGCCUCAGCUGGGGAGGCCUCAUGUACCCGUGGGGGUCAUCGCACGUCAUUGCCACAAUCGUUGUUGGCUUCGUCGCGCUCGUCCUCUUUGUUCUGUACGACGCCUACGUGCACCCGCGCAUCCACGGCGACCCGCUGCUCCCUACUCACCUCUUCCGCAAGCCGGGCUACCUAGCCAUGGUAGCGGCCGCGACGGGCGGCAGUUCUGUCUACUACAGCAUGAACGUUCUGGCGCCGCAGCAGGUGGCUUACCUCUUCCCGUCGCCGUCAGUCAUCCACGCGGGCUGGCUGACCUGCUCUGUGGGGUCAGGCUGCCUGCUGGGACAGAUCGUCGCAGGAUGGCUGUCGCAGUACGUGCACCGAUCGCGGUGGAUCAUGAUCGGGUCGUGCUCGAUGCUGGUGGCUUUCGCAGCGGCGAUGACCACCGUCGAGGCGGGCGAGUCCUCCAAGUGGGUGGGGCUGAUGAUCAUGGCGAUGUUCUCCGUGGGCAUCAUCGAAACGUGCAGUCUGUCGCUGGCGCCACUGUCGCUGCCUAGCGAGGACAUUGGCGCUGCGCUCGGCGCCCUGGGCAGUAUCCGGUCGGCGGGCGGGUCUGUGUCAACGGCCGUGCUGUCGACGAUCCUGAACAACAAGGUGAACGCGAUCGUCGCGCCGGCGGUGAUGCAGGAAGCGCAGGCGCAGGGGCUGUCGGUCGCGCAGAUCAAGGGUGUCGUCGAGCAGCUGGCGACCGGCAUGUUCAUCAGCGUGCCUGGCGUGGAUAUGGAGACCGCGACGCAGCUGUCGCUUGUGCGGAGCGCCAGCGCUGCCGACGCGUGGCGCUAUGUCUGGUACGCGGUGAUUGCCUUUGCCGGAUUGGCGCUCAUCCUGAGCUUCACGACCAUUGACUACGGCCAGUAUCUGACUGAUGAGGUGACUCGCAAGAUGCAUGGUCGAACAGUGGGAGUCGUGGAGGGUGAGAAGCGGUCAGGCGAAAGGUCGGAAGAGAGUGUCUAA